GCCUCCCGGGAUCCCGCAGUCCGAAUGCCUAGCGGCCAGAGAGAGCACAGCGGAUAGCUGGGCUCGGCGGUGAGUGCGGGACUCCGGCUUGUGCGCAGGCGCCGGGCUGGGUCCCUGCCGCUCGAGGGACCCAAUGCCUGGCGCCUCGCGGGCGCCUCUAGUCUGAGAAGCCCCUUUCUCCGCACGCGCCGACCCCUGAGUCCCCAGCCUGGUGCAGAGGAGCUGCAGACUCGGGGGUCACGGCUGGGGGUUCUGGAGCCAGAAAGGGAAGGCUUCCGUCCUCGGCGGGGACAGAAUUGGAGCCUCCGGCUGCCGUAGCUUCGGACCUGAGUUGCCCGAGCCGCUGCGGCUCCCGCGGGGAAGGGGCGGGGCUGACGCGAGCAUCUCUGUGCUCAGUUUUCCGGACUUGGUGCAACGCGGGCAGGUGCAGCAGCUGAAGACCUCUUCCUAACCCGGUUCGGGGCACUUUGCGACUUCUGCCUCCUCGGCCCCAUUCUCCGGUCUCACUGCUGCCCCGGGCCCAGCUGCCACUUGCCUGGUGAUGCUCUCACACUUUGGGCUCUUCUGGCAUUAUUGAGCUGACGCUUUGGGACAUCAGAUUCAGGUCGUAUGGGGAGAGAAGCGUGUGACUUUGCAAGGUGUGAUGUGGAAACCUGGGCCUGUCACCCGUCUCCGCUUGAUGAAAGGCCACUAGGGUGGUGGAGGAUUGCUGCCAGUUUCCUAAAGAUGAAGAACUACACUGCUCAGUGGCCCUUCCCCUUCCUCAGUGUGGUUAUCAUUUGGAACAUCAGGGUGUGCUUGAAGCUGGCGGGACUCCCAGACUCUGAUCAUUAAUUGUCUGAUUCCAUGCAGUGGAGGUAGCAGCACGCUCCAAGGUGUUUGGGUUCUGCUUUCCUUUGCCGCAGGAAGAAUGGUAUAAAAGUGAGGAAACAUCAACCCGUGCUUUGAAUGUGGCAAGAAAAGAAUAAGCGUUGUCAUGAUUGCUUGAAUUCAGGACUUUACACUGGAAGGAAAGUUAGAUGUAAGCUCUAAUCUCUUCUUGGGAACUGGAAAUUUUUUUAAAAAAGGACUCCUCUGAAGAAAAGUGUGCUUCUUAAGUCAAUCCUAGCCUCUCCUCCAUACAAAGAGCUCUUAAUGAUACUAGCGGAAAACAAACAAAUUCAACUAAAAGCUCGUCUGCAGAUCAGAAGAACGAAGACAUGGAGUUUUAAGGAGUGAAGGUAGCAUGGCGUCGGCCAUGGGUGAUCAAGACACAGACAGACAAUGUGGCUCAAUUUCUUCAAACUACGGCUUUUCUGCUGUCUGCUUGCAGUGCUGAUGGUGGUGGUGCUGGUCGUCAAUGUUACUCAGGUAGAGUACUUGGACCAUGAGACUGUUUCAGCCACAUUCAUCGACAGUAGUGGACAGUUUGUUUCCUCCCAGGUGACAGGAGUUAACCGGAAUCCUUACUGUGGCUAUGAGCAUCAGACUCUGUCUAGCCGGGAGCGCAUGGAGGAGGACUCCUUGCUGGCUGCCCUACAAUGGCAGGUGCCUGAUAUGGGUCCGGUCCCCUUUCUCAAGAGCACUGACCCUUCUUCCAGCUACUUUGUUAUCUUGAACUCUGCAGCCUUCUUCAAGGUGGGAAGCCAGCUAGAAGUGCUGGUUCACGUACAGGAUUUUCAAAGAAAGCCCAAGAAAUAUGGUGGAGAUUACCUGCAGGCCAGAAUCCACUCGCCUAAGCUGCAGGCAGGGGCUGUGGGCAGAGUGGUAGACUACCAGAAUGGGUUUUACAAAGUCUUUUUCACUUUGCUCUGGCCGGGCAAGGUUAAAGUGUCCAUAUCUCUCGUCCACCCCACUGAAGGGAUCAGAGUUCUGCAGCACCUACAGGAAGAGAAACCACACAGGGUCUAUUUCAAGAGUCUCUUCCGUUCAGGAAGAAUUUCUGAAACCACGGAGUGCAAUGUGUGUCUUCCUGGGAAUCUGCCCCUGUGUAACUUUACAGAUCUCUAUACUGGAGAACCCUGGUUCUGCUUCAAACCAAAGAAGCUCCCAUGCAGUAGUAGAAUUAACCAUUUCAAAGGUGGAUACCUGAAGGGCCUUCUAACUGCUACAGAGAAUGCUUUCUUCCAGAGUGGUGUCAAUAUCAAAAUGCCAAUCAACUCCAGUGGACCUGAUUGGGUGACUGUGAUUCCCAGGAGAAUAAAAGAAACUAACAAUCUAGAAAUAUCACAAGGCUCAGGAACUUUUCCUUCUGGAUAUUAUUACAAAGAUCAGUGGAGGCCCAGAAAGUUUAAGAUGCGCCAGUUUAAUGACCCUGACAACAUCACAGAAUGCUUACAAAGAAAAGUGGUGUACUUAUUUGGAGAUUCAACAAUCAGGCAAUGGUUUGAAUACCUUACUACAUUUGUUCCAGAUUUAGUGGAGUUUAACUUGGGUAGUCCCAAGAAUGUGGGUCCUUUCCUCGCGGUGGACCAGAAGCACAACAUCCUGCUCAAAUAUCGCUGCCAUGGUCCACCCAUCCGUUUUACAACUGUCUUUAGCAAUGAGCUCCAUUAUGUGGCCAAUGAGCUGAAUGGCAUCGUGGGAGGGAAGAACACCGUGGUUGCCAUAGCUAUAUGGUCUCAUUUCAGCACCUUCCCCUUGGAAGUGUACAUCCGGCGGCUCAGGAAUAUCCGUCGAGCCGUGGUCCAGCUCCUGGAUCGAAGCCCUAAGACCGUGGUAGUCAUCCGAACAGCCAAUGCCCAAGAGCUGGGGCCCGAGGUGAGCCUCUUCAACAGUGACUGGUACAACUUUCAGCUGGACACCAUCCUCCGUAAGAUGUUCUCAGGGGUUGGAGUAUAUCUCGUUGAUGCCUGGGAGAUGACCUUGGCUCAUUAUUUACCCCACAAGCUACAUCCAGAUGAAGUUAUUGUGAAGAACCAACUGGACAUGUUCUUGUCCUUUGUGUGCCCCGUGGAGACCUAGCCCGCCCUGGAGGGGACUGGAGGAAUCACAUUACCUGUGUUAUAGGAAGUUUAUGGCUGGCCCCAUGGAGAGAUACCUGCUAGUGACAUGUACAAAAUUUCAAAAGGAACUGGACUUUAUAUGAGACUUCUAAGGAGCUUAGAAAAUGCAGGUUGCAUUUAUAUCUACCUACAGGAUUUUUUUCCAAUCUUUACAUAGCCAUUGGAGAAUCAUUAUUAACAACAUCUACGCACAGUAUUCCUCUUGUAACCAAAGAUGCUAAUGAGUGUAUUUGAAUUAGCCUCUCCUGAGAGGGGAGAGUACUACGCUAAAAACUGUGAGAUGUAUUCUGACCUAAAUGGUUGGUAGUAAAGUGUUUGUAGCUUAUCUGGUAAAGGAGAGUGAGCUUAUCUGUAUGAACAGCACAGUUGGUCCAUCUUUGGUGGGAUGAACUAAUGAGUCUUCUGGUCAGUGCCUCCUGUAACACACUGAAGACUGCUGUGUCUUGAGAGUUUCUCUUGAUGAUCCCCCUUUUCUGAGUUGCUUUUCAGGCUGGAAUCCUUGCUCAGAUUUUUCUAGUGAGAAUAUUUACAAUAUUCUGCAUUUAUCUAGAAAAGAAGCAAAAGGAAAGUAUGAAAACAGUACACAAAAUCUGUGUGUCGAAUUGAUACUUGCACUGGGGGGUUGUUACUUAUUUCAGCUGAAUUUUACAUGAUGAAUACUUUAAAAUAAUCACUUUUGGAACUGGAAGGGGGAAUCUAUAAAUGGAAAUUUAUUUUUGUGUUUUGAAGUUUGAGGGUUUUAAGAACUGCAUUUUAUGUAAAGAUUGUUUAUUAUAAAGUUGUAGAAGUUACUUGCAUCAA